CAGCAAGGUAAACCAAAUGGGCCAUCAGCCAACAACAAGCACGCAAGCAAUGAUAAUUCAUUUUUCGGGCUGCUAAAAAACCUGAGCUUUUCUUUUCCUCGUAAUCAUUCACCGCAUAGGAAAGAAUCAUCCAAUACGCGACAAACACGAUUCUAUAAAAAGCUAUUUACAGUAACGUGGCCCGCAUUCGCUUUUAAUAGAACUCCACGGUACCUGAAAAGAUCCAAGUCCAUUCUUCCUUCCGUAACCAUCAAGAUUCCACAAUGUGGAAGGUUGCGUUUAUUCUCAUGGUGGCGGCUUUGCCGAUCAUGUCGCAAGAGUCUUUCAGCUAUUCCUUCAGCACUGACGCUGAGGGGAAUGUUGUGAGUUCAAGUUCUAGCAGCGAUGGUACCAGGGGUGCGGCCGGAGGGGGUGGAGGCGGUGCCCCGCCGCCUAGAGGAGACGGCGUCGGCACCCUGAGCGCCCGACGGGGUCCUGGCGAUCCUAUCAUCAUAGAUAACGGGCAACCUCCAGGAGGAGACGGCGGAGGCCCAGGGCAAGGAGGCAGCGGUGGUGGUGGCGGUGGCGGUGGCGGCGGCGGCGGUGGGCGUGGCGGCAGCGGUGGUAGCGGCGGUAGCGGUUUUGGAGCUGGAUUUGGUCAAGGAGGCGGAAGCGGCGGCGGCGGUGGCGGCGGCGGUGGCGGUGGCGGUGGCGGCCAAGGUGGCAGUUAUGUUGGCAACGGUGGAGCACCCCCGGGCUUUACCUCCCCCGAGGACAUUGCCCGGUGGGUUGGUAACAAUCUGCAGAGACUUGCACAGAAUGUUGGACGUUAGACUGAAUGACACCAUCUCCACCUAUCGGCCAUUA